UUUGUCAACCAUCUUCUUUCCUAGAAAAAUAGAUAAAAAAAAGUAUAAUUAACGUCAAAUUAUAGUAAAAUUGAAGACAAUAAAAAGUCACUAUAAAAUUUUAAGUAAUUUUAUUAUUAAAUUUUAAGUAAAUAUAUGUAAUUAUAAAAUAAUUUCUUAAUCUGGUGAUAAGAAACAAAAAUCAAGAUGUAUUACAUGGACAAACUGCCGACAGUAAUCAGCUGUUGCUUCUGCUGUUUCCUUAGAGCUGGGACCGUUAUGAUAGCUAUAUUUUCCUUUAUAGCUGGCCUCAUUUUCGUACCCAACGUGAAUCAUGUCAAAGGGUUCUGGGACAUGAAUGCUGUACUGUCCAACUACAGUUCAGCCACAGAGAGCGGUAUACAACUCACUCUUGGCUUAAUGUCCAUUAUGCUGUGCGCAGUCAGCAUAUUGCUACUGAUUGGUGCUUGCUGUAACUUGCCAAUCCUUAUAGAAAUAUACCAGUGGGGCGCGGUGGUGUACAGUGGUACCGUUACGCUGCUGUUUUUUAUUCUGGCUAUGUUCUGCUUCUUCGUACACACCAAUUGUUACUUGGCGGGUGGCGUCCUCUGUGCUCUUAUCAUUUGUAACAUAUUACUGACCGCAUAUUUUGUGAUGGUGGCCAACAGUCUUCGCAUGUCGUUGAAAUUCCUCAGCAGUGAAGGUCUAAUGCUUUGAACGUGCCCCGAAUUGUUCAUUAACAAGAUCGUCCUGCGAACUCGUCAAUUGUUUUUUGUAAGUGAAACUUUUCGUGAAUAAAGUGUUAGACUUU